AUGGCUUCCGCUCGACGUAGUUGGCGUCUCGAUUCUAAAGAAAUUUUUGAUGUUUUGGUAAAUGAUGUUGACUCAGACAUUGAGGAAGACCCGGAAAUUCAAAUUGAAGAGGUAAUUCAAGACUUACAUGAGGUGGUUUCGGUCCAAGAUCAUGAAAAUGAUGAUGCUGACAUGUCAGAGAACGUAUCUGAACCAGAACAGGGUCGAAGUCGAGGUCGCUCGAGACCUACACUUCGAGGCAGAACGAGAUCGCGCGGCGGACGCGUUCGGUCAGGGGCGCGCUCGACUACCCGCUGCAGCAGCGGCAGACAUGCAUCAACUUCUAUCAGGGAAAUGGAUGAAGCUAAUGGAUGGUCAUACGAAGCAGUGCAGCAGCCGCCGGAAAAUCCAGUAUUUCAAGAAAUAUCUCGCGUAUUAGCCCCGAUUGAUGAAAAUUCGUCACUGUUCGAUUGUUUCUCAAUUUUUUUUCCUGAUUCUUUUUGGAAAUUGCUCAAGACUGAAACAAAUCGUUAUGCAGCUCAAAUGAAGGCUAAACAAACGCGACAAGACCGUAUUUCGAUGAACUGUGUUUUUUUGUGUGAGAACAGUUUUUAUCCCAAUGAAAACUUGACGAUUGAUGAGGGCACUUGUGGAUUUAGGGGUCGAGUGCACUUCAGAGUUUACAAUAAAGAUAAGCCCGAUAAAUACGGUAUGAAAGUCUACAUGCUAUGUGACGCGGAAACGGGCUACAUACUACGCAUGGUUCCCUAUGUUGGCGACUCAAAAUCUGUCGAGACUAUUAUCGCUGAAUUGAGUGAACCAUAUUUUGGUAAAUGGCACACCAUUUAUAUGGAUCGUUUUUUUACGAGUCCGACAAUUGCGGACUUGCUUUGGCUGAAAGAAACUCGCACUGUAGGCACAGUGAUGGCGAAUCGUCGUGGUCUGCCACAGGUUUGGCGACAACAACCGUUGGAAAAAGCUGAAAUGGCUUUUUGUCACCGCGGCAAUCUAACUGCCUGUAAAUGGAAAGAUAAGCGUGAUGUACUUAUGCUCACGACGAAACACGGAGCUAGCUGGACAGAGGUGGAUACAAAAGCCAAAGGUGUGGGCGUAACCAAAAAGGUGAAACCAGACUGCAUCCUCGACUAUAACCACUACAAAAUUGGCGUAGAUCUCAAUGACCAAUAUGUAUCCUAUUAUUCGUUGAAUAGGAAAAGUAUGAAAUGGUGGAAAAAAAUGUUUUUUUAA